AAAUAAUUAAAUAACAUAUAUGGAUAAAUCAGUUAAGAUAAACGAAAAGGGAAGUGGAAUAACAGAUUAAAUAUAAAAUGAAAUAGUCACAAUUGUGAAAAAUGCAAUAUAAGUUCAUAAGCAAUUUUUAGGUGAGGUUUGCAAUUAAAUUGCAAAUGUAUUAUGUUAAAAAUAUGGAGGAUGGUGGUGUUGUUUUGUAACAGAUAAAGAUGCAAAUUAUGGAUCUAGAUUAUUCAAUUUUGAUCAUAUGUUUUUAGAUGCAACAAUAGAGUAAAAACGAUUUACUAUAUUCAAAUCAGCAAAAUGAUUAUGUCAAUUAAAAU